AUGGAUAUGUUUGUCUUGAGGACUGGUGCUGCUACAAAUUCAGAGCAAUUAUAUAUCACAAAUGGUGAAGAAAAACCUGAUGAUACUAAGAAUGUCGUUGAGGAAAAUCAUGUCGAGAAAAAUAAUGCUGCGGAAAAUGAUGCCGAUCAGCACACGGAAAAUUUUAGUGACCAUGAGAAUCUUGGAAAUGCAGAUGAGCAGGGUUCUUCUUUUGAUAUAUAUGAUCCUAGAACUUGGAAUAUUCUUGACAAUAAAUCAAGAGAUAUUCUCAUUGAAAAAGGACCUAUAAGGGAAUACAAUCUUGUGUUUCCCGAAGAUGAAAUUAGUGGCAGGCAUUUUUCAUAUGAUUACUACACAAGAAAGUUAAGGAAUGGCGAGUUCAGUGAUCGGAGGUGGUUAGUGUACUCUAAACACGUGAAUAAAGUCUACUGCUUUUGUUGCAAAUUGUUUAAAUCUGGAAAAAGCAAAAGUCUGCUAGCAUCCGAGGGAUUGAAGGAUUGGAGACAUCUUAGUGAGAAGCUCAAAUUGCAUGAGAAUAAUGUUGAGCAUAUCACUAACAUGAAUACUUGGAAUGAGGUAAGGCUGAGGCUAAGUAAGAAGGAAACAAUUGAUAAAGACAUGCAACAAGAGAUUGCAAGGGAGAAGGAAUCGAAUGAGAAAUUAUAUCAAGAUAACAACGGAAAUUUUUUGGGAGUAAUUGAAAUGAUGGCAGAAUUUGAUCCUGUAAUGCAAGAGCAUCUUCGGCGCAUUAAGAAUAGUGAAAUCCAUCAUCAUUAUCUUGGCCAUAAUAUUCAGAAUGAGUUAAUUUCCCUUCUUGAUUCACUUAAAUCUGUUGGUUUGGAUGUUAAAGAUGUUCGUGGACAAGGGUAUGACAAUGGUUCGAACAUGAAGGGAAAACACCAAGGGGUACAGAGCAGACUACUUGAAACUAAUCCAAGAGCAUUAUUCAUGCCAUGCGCUUGUCAUAGCCUAAACCUUACUCUUAGUGAUAUGUUGCAGUCUAAGUUUGUGUGCAUUGAUGUUACUCUUAAACAGAUUGAAGGUGCCAUCUCAUAUUUUAAGAAGUACAAAAAUGACGGCUUUGCAACUAAUGUCGAUCUAGAUGAUUUCGUUUCUGAACUAAAAGUACUGCAGAUAACAUUGCCAAACACAUUCAUGUCAACGGAUCAGAUAUUUGAGUUUGUUAGAGAUGCGGAUUGUUAUCUAAAUGUCUCAAUUGCUUAUCGUAUCCUUUUGACCGUACCUGUGACUGUUGCAUCAGCUGAAAGGAGUUUCUCAAAAUUGAAACUAUUGAAAAAUUAUUUGAGGUCAACGAUGUCUCAAGAAAGAUUGAAUGGAUUGGCCAUGUGCUGCAUUGAGAAGAAUAUGCUGGAUAGUAUUGAUCUUGACACUCUCAUUGAUGAUUUUGCGUCAAAAAAUGCACGAAAGUCUCGUUUCACAUGA